AUGACCCCAAAAUCUGGGGGAGAAUGGGGUACAGUCCUCUCCCACCUGGUGCUUGGAGUGGUGUCUCUGCAUGCAGCUGUGUACACUGCCCAGGCAAGUCGAGGGGCUGCUGCUGGCUUCUUGCUCCAGGCCUUGGCUGCCGCCAGCAUGCUGGCCCCAGGGUUGUGCACAGAUGAAGACUGUCUCGCUGGGGCCUGGGUGGCCACUGUCAUCAGCUUACCCCUUCUGGCCUUUGAUUUCCACUGGUGUACUAAUGGUCACUUGAUGUGCGCUGGCUGUUUUAUCCACCUACUAGCAGAUGCCCGGCUGAAGGAGGAACAGGCCACGUGCCCCAACUGCCGCUGCGAGAUCAGUAAGAGCCUCUGCUGCCGGAACCUGGCCGUGGAGAAGGCUGUCAGCGAGCUGCCCUCCGAGUGCGGCUUCUGCCUGCGCCAGUUUCCCCGCUCGCUGCUGGAGAGGCACCAGAAGGAGGAGUGCCAGGACAGGGUCACCCAGUGCAAGUACAAGCGUAUCGGUUGCCCGUGGCACGGCCCCUUCCAUGAGCUGACGGCACACGAGGCUGCGUGCGCCCACCCAACCAAGACAGGCAAUGAGCUGAUGGAGAUCCUGGACGAGAUGGACCAGGGCCGCCGUAAGGAGAUGCAGCUCUACAACAGCAUCUUCAGCCUGCUCAGCUUCGAGAAGAUUGGCUAUACAGAGGUCCAGUUCCGGCCAUACCGCACGGACGACUUCAUCACGCGCCUGUACUAUGAGACGCCCCGGUUCACGGUGCUGAACCAGACGUGGGUCCUGAAGGCACGAGUGAAUGACUCGGAGCGCAACCCCAACCUGUCGUGUAAACGCACACUCUCCUUCCAGCUCAUUAUCAAGAGCAAGGUCAACGCGCCCUUGGAGUGCUCCUUCCUGCUGCUCAAGGGCCCGUACGAUGACGUGAAGAUCAACCCUGUCAUCUACCACUUCGUGUUCACCAAUGAGAGUAACGAGACCGACUAUGUGCCGCUGCCCAUCACCGACUCGGUGGAGUGCAACAAGUUGCUGGCUGCCAAGAACAUCAACCUGCGGCUCUUCCUGUUCCAGAUCCAGAAGUAG